GGUGUUCUAAAAACAGUGAGUGUCGGUGGGAGUGUAGGUUAAAGAGAUAAGGCAAAUAAAAUUUUCUUGCUUCAGUUUGAGUCCAAUCAGUAAGUUGAGACGUCCUCGUCUACCUACCUUUCAGUUGUUUAUUCAAGUGUUUGACUCUCCGACGUCACGUCGGUAGACACGGGAAGACGUGUGACUUUCGGGAUAAGAUAACAGGACUAAGGAAACAAUCGCAGGACUUUGUGGUGAACCGACGAGCUGUGAACAUUGCAUUUUAGGCCGCACGGAUUUUUCGCAGCAGCCCAUCUAUCGCCUCAACCAUGGCUACCGUUCUGGCGACGUUUUCCGUCUUGAAAGACCAUGUGAAACUCAAAGUCUCACAGGAUGCCGUGUCUAUCGACAAUUUCGUCUUCAAGUUACACUACCGGGCAACGUUUUUGGCACUACUAACAGCAUCGUUGCUGGUGUGUUCAAGGCAAUUUAUCGGGGAACAUAUAAGAUGCAUUGCUGACCUGGCGAUACCUCCACAUGUUAUAGACACCUACUGCUUUUUCACGUCGACUUUCACGGUGGUAAAACACAUGGACUUGGAUUCUGUGAAUGCGGGAAAUUUACCACAUCCUGGAGUUGGUCCCGCCACCGAUGAAGAUCCAAUCGUACGUCAUGCGUACUACCAAUGGGUUCCAUUUGUCCUUUUUUUCCAAGCGAUCUUAUUUUACCUACCGCAUUACAUUUGGAGAUCGAAAGAAGGUGGGAGAUUGAAGGCCCUCGUAGCUGGACUUCAGUUGACUUCUUUGUCUCUUCGAGACGAACCGAUAACGGUCAACGAUACUCUGACCAUUCCCUCGCGUCUCGACACCGAGCAAAAGCUGCAGACUAUCAGAACUGCAUUUCUGAAUCGACUCCACGUGAACCGGCCCUGGGCUUACUACCUGGGGAUGUGCGAGGUCCUCAACUUCAUCAACGUCCUCGCGCAGAUUUACGUCACGGACGUAUUUCUCGGCGGUGCAUUUCUGGGUCUUGGACAGGGUGUCUCCGAAGACAAAUUUGACGACGAAAUCGACGUGCUGGACUUAGUCUUUCCGAAGGUGACAAAGUGCACUUUUCGCAAAUUCGGUCCAUCCGGAACGCUCCAGAAGCACGACGCGCUCUGCGUUAUGGCGUUAAAUGUUGUCAACGAGAAAAUAUAUACAUUCUUAUGGUUCUGGCUGAUUAUCCUGGCGAUAAUCACCGGUAUAGGACUUCUGUGGAGGAUUCUAACCAUGCUACUGCACGCGAGGAGCAAGAAGUUCAACCAAAUCGUAUUCACGUUGGCCUGUCCUGGGCGAAACAAUCCCUGGAACGUGCUCACGGUCACUCGUGAGUACAACUUCAGCGACUGGAUCUUCCUCUACUAUAUUGCGAAAAAUAUUGACAACCACGUGUUCAAGGGGCUUUUUGAAAAGCUGGCCGAAGAUCUUCAGGAACGACGGAGCGAGGGGUACGGCAAACCCCUGCCGCCUAUCCCGGAGGAGGACAAGGAAGAGGGGCAGCUACUGCCCACUUACGAGUACCAGCGGAAACAGGCUUAAGCCAAACAUCUCCGAGGUGAAAGGCAUUCCGCUAGAUGGUUAAGCCUGGUUUAUACUUCGGAAAAUAAAUGACGCGAGAUUUCGACGUAGUUAUCGAUCAUCUGAUCGCUCCUGUUUCGAACCGGUUCAGAUCUGAUACGGUAUUCUAUAAACGACCCAAAGUGUACCAUAAGCAAUCAAGAUAUCUUGCUCAUUAGUCGAUAUCGCUUUUUUUCUCAUCGUUUUCAGCGCGGAUUCUUCUCAGCUAUAUGUUUGCGUGGCUCUCUCUCUGCUUGUACGUCUUGUUCUUUCUUAUUCUCUCGUUGUAUGUGUGUAUGUUCAUUACAAGCGGGUUUGCUGGCACAGCGAUUUUUUUCAUUCCCAUAUCGGCAGCAUUCUAUUAUUCACAUAUCGUGUAUCACAUUAUCGCUUGAAUUUUUUUAUCCGGGAGAUGACGAUAUGGGUUAUAGUAGGCGUUUUUUCCGGUACAAAAGUUCAGCCAUUGGUGCGAUAAACCUUUGAAUAUAUAAUAGUUUGAAAUAGUGCAACGCAGCAGCAAAAUUCCACCUCAUUUAGUGACGCGAAUCGUUUCAAGGUUGAGAACCUCUUGUUCCGGUAAAACCCGUUUUAAAACUGAAAGCGCCAUCGGCGGUCAAGUGGCGGAAUGAUGAAGUGAAAUCUUCUCAGGGUUCCGCUAGGGUGGGACACCCUUCGGUACCCCAAUCGACUCAAAAUAAUACCAUUCGCAUUUGUUAAUUACAAAAAAUUAGUACGAUUGCGUCUAAACGUCAAGAACGGGUUCUUUCAAAGUGUGACGAUAUUUCUCGUUGAAACUGUUUUACUGCUCACCAUAUUUAAAAUCAACUAUAUUACAUUGGUAUAAUCAGGUGAAGUUAGAAGAAAAUUUUGGAAGAACACACUAGGUGUUCUACUACUAUUAAUUCGGUGUUCCGUAUAAUGCAUUCUGUACUUUCUUCACUAUGAUUAGAGAUGGUACUUAAAUGCUACCAGUGUUCUUGAAUCCGGUGCCAUUGACAUUCUAGGAGCAUACUCCUGGUAAAUUCUAAAGAAAUAUCAGGACUACGUGUCCGGUCUAAACUUUACUAAAAGCAUUUGAUAAAUUUUCUACCUCCAGCAAUAAUUCAAACCAGUAGAAAGGCUUUCUCGGUCGGGAAAGAGAUAAUAGUCGUACGUAUAACCAGAAACCAUCCCAGCUUAAACGAAGAAGAAGAAGGUUAAGAGAAGGAAUACUUCAAAUCUCUAGACUCUCACAAAUCCUGACUUUAAGCUGACUAUACUUCGAAAGACUGUAGGUGGAUCCAAACUGGCUGUGUACGUGCAAAAUGAAGCUACCAUAUCGAACAGGUCAUUUGAGGAAAGUUAGUUC